AUGAACGCCUCAGCAACGAUCCGCGCCUCCUAUGUGCGAGCCACUAGGAUGAGCAUGAUGUCAUCACCGCCAACCAUCCCGGUCAUGAAUCCCAUUGCGGACCUUGAAUCACGACCCGCAAACAGCGAGAAACUCGCAAACUUCGUAGCCGUCAACCACCUCGAGCACCGCGAGAAGUGCGACCUCGAACGAGCCAAGAUCUAUGUAUACGACGAGCCAUCAUACCUAGACUGGGACAACAGCGAAUCGUUCAGCGCCCGCGUCAAGAAGAUGUACACCAUCUUCCCUUAUCGCGACCCCAUUUGGCUGGUCGCCAUCGUCUUCGCAGUCGGAAGUCUAGAUCUCGUUAUCAACGCUUUCCUCGACUUACUUCCUCAACUCGACCCUGAACUCCAAUUUGAGACAAACGAGACCAUCGCAAUACCCACUACCGUUCUCAUCGGCUCAAUCUUCUUCUUCGCAGCUGGCAUCUUCGACACCUUCGGGGCUCUGAACGCCGAUCGCGGGACCCUGGAAACCUCCAAAGUCGACCGGAAAGUCACAUACAGACCUGCACUCAUAGGUUCACCAGAGUUCAAAUGGAUUCCUUCAUGGGUGAAGCUCUGGGAUCUUACCAUGACGAACCUCGCCUUCCAAGCCGGGCUAAUCGUGCUCUUUGGCGGUGUGAUCUUCAUGUUUGCUGGCAUUGUUGAUUUUCCUGAGCUUAUUCCUGAAGAGGCACCGCUAUUUGCGACGAUUGUGUUUGGCCCGCAGGUCAUUCAUGGCGCGUUAUUUUUGAUUGCAAAUGCGAUUUUGGCUAUCUCGGAGCAGGAGAGGUGGUAUAAGCCCAAGUUUUGGGAUGCAGAUUGGCAGGGUGCGUUUCUGAACACUGUGGGUGGGUUUGGGUUCAUGACGGCGGGGUUGUUCUUGUUUGGUGAGGAUAAGCUUUCUGCAGCUGUGGCAGCAUUGGUGGGCAGUUGGGCGUUCUUUAUUGGUAGCAUGAUUCGAUGGUGUGCGGAGUCUAUACAGCAGUCACAGGAGUGGUAUAUAUGCCGAUGCAAUCGCGACGGCGGGCUCAAGACCGGACAGAACUGUUGCGAGAACUCCACUAUAGGCCAUGUCGGCGAAAUCGAGGGCAGGCAACAGCUUUUGCCGAAGAUAGUAAUGAUCCAGGCCCUGUUGUCACUGUUAGUAAUUAGUACAUCGCUGACAUGUAACGGACCGGCAGACUCACAUGACGCCAAUGCCAAGUAA